AUGGAGUUAGGGAUUGAUGAUUCUGUUAAUGACGAAACAUUAAGAGACUCAGCCAUGGUUGAAGUGGAUAGCUUACGUGAUGAAAACAGAGAAGAAGGAAGUUCUGCCGAGCCAGCUUACAAACAAGACCAAGAUGGUAACAUGACUCACGAUUUUUCCGGAGCGUUAAUAAUACCCUCAGAAGUUCUCCCAUUAUCGGUCGCGUCUGCUGACGAGCCCUAUGUGGGUCAGGAGUUUGAGUCGGAAGCAGCAGCACAUGCGUUUUAUAACGCAUACGCAGCUGAGGUUGGAUUCAUUAUACGCGUAAGCAAACUCUCGCGGUCAAGACGCGACGGAACUGCUAUUGGACGCGCUCUUGUCUGCAACAAAGAGGGUUACAGAAUGCCUGACAAGCGCGAAAAGAUCGUUAGGCAAAGGGCAGAGACAAGGGUUGGUUGCAGAGCAAUGAUUAUGGUGAGGAAAGUUGGUUCUGGUAAAUGGGUCGUUACGAAGUUUGUAAAGGAGCACACUCAUCCAUUGAAUCCCGGAAGUGGUAGAAGAGAUUGCAUGUUUGAACAAUAUCCGUCUCAGAACGAACAUGAUAAAAUCCGCGAACUAUCUCAACAAUUGGCACUCGAGAAAAAGCGAUCGGUGACUUAUAAAAGACAACUUGAAGUGAUAUUUGAUUAUAUCGAGGAGCACAAUGUGAGCCUUUCAAAGAAAAUACAGCACAUUGUAGACAGUGUGAAGCAGAUGGAACCUAAAGAAGAAGAACACAAUCAUUCAUAG